AUGUCGACAAUUAUAACGUCAAACCCUUCGUUCGGCUUUGAGACCACCGCCGAGGAGGCAGCAGCCGCCCUUUCCUCCUAUAUCCAGGGUAAGACAAUCCUCGUCACCGGAGUCACCCCAGGCGGUCUGGGCGCCCAUUUCGUGACGGUAGUGGCAGCACACAAGCCGAAGCUCCUCAUCCUCGCGGGUCGCAAGCCCUCCAUCCUGGAGCAGGUAGCGAAAGAGCUUGAGAGUGCUCACCCGGAUGUCAAGACGCGCACCCUGGAACUUGAUUUAGCUUCGCAGGCGUCCGUGCGCAAGGCGGCCGAGCAAGUGCUCUCGUGGCCGGAGCCGAUCGACGUCCUCGUCAACAAUGCCGCUAUCAUGGCAUGCCCGUAUUCGAAGACGGUCGAUGGCCUGGAGAUACAGUUCGGCACGAACCACAUCGGCCAUUUUCUAUUCACCAACCUCAUCAUGUCCAAACUACUGCAGUCGAAAGAGCCUCGCAUAGUGAACGUCAGUAGCGGUGGUCAUCGAUUCAGUGAUAUUCGCUGGGACGACAUAGAUUUCAAGGACGGUCAAGUGUACGACAAGUGGCGCGCGUACGGGCAAGCGAAGACGGCUAACAUCCUCUUUUCGCUCGCCUUGGCUGAGAAGCUAGGCUCGAAGGGCCUGAAGGCGUUCUCCCUACACCCUGGUGCAAUACAGACCAAUCUUGGCCGGCAUAUUAACCAACAGGAUAUCGAGGCAUUGACGGCCUUGAACAAGGAGGUCGGAAACAAGGUAGACCCCACAACCUUCAGAUUCAAGAACCUGACCCAGGGCACCGCGACGCAUAUGGUCGCCGCAUUCGAUCCGGCACUCGAUCAACAUAACGGGGUGUAUUUGCAAGACUGCCAACUGGCGCCCGAGGAUGAGACCAAGCCGUACGCGGUUGACAAGAAGAGUGCGGAAAGGCUCUGGAAAUUGAGCGAGGAAAUUGUAGGACAGAAGUUUGUGUACUAGACCUUCGGACUUGGCUCGUCAGUGGUCAGCACGUACUGAGAGGGUUUUCUGCCCGCGCAAUCGUAAAACUAGAAAGACAUCUGCGG